AUGUGGCCGGACAGAAUUGGAUCAGCGGCGGAGCGGGAGCCUCUGGCGGUGGGGAUCGGCGAGGGGAUGGAUUUUUUCAUUUUGAAUAUUGCUAAUGAUUUUAUUCCAUGUCAUUAUUAUGCGAAUUUUGGGAGGGAUUUUGGGUUUCUCCAUUUGGGAGAUGAAAACAAUGAGCUCGAGCUGGCUUUCCGGGUCUUGAAAUCCGACAUGCUCGACUGCCCCUACAGUCUUGAACAGCCGCCUCUUAAAAUUUGGUGGAAAAGGAAAACCUUGAAGCCAAUCGUGUUGCGAAUUCACUUGAUAAAACCGGUCAUCGUCGGAGGUAAACAUGCCCGGACGGGAAUCAUGGGAGGAAGAGAAAGAAGAUGCAUGGUAGAAAGGGUGGCGAGGGCUAUUUUCGUCACUAUCAUCAUCUUCAUUAAACUCUGCUGCUCGUGUAUAUUCGAGGAGACAGACGGGACCAAAGCCGAGACUUCUUUCUCAAUCAUAUUAGCAAUUUCGAUCGGCUCCCAAUCUGUGAUCUCUAGUUCCUUCACCAUUUCCGUGGCCACAUCAAACGGGGUAUCUCCUGUAAUGUCGAACGGGAAAAAUAUAUUUCUCGCAGGACCUGAAAAUGAAAAUUCCACCUCCGUUAACCGCCACAUUUUGUAA